UUAUGUGAAUAACGUGAAAUGCCAGCAAUGCCGCAUGCUUAAAAUUACGGCGUGAGGUCAAACGUCUAUCUACAGUAACGUUUGUAAUUUGGUAUCGUCUGCUGUAAAUACCGAAUAGUAUACAAAUUUUUAUUUUCCUCGAAGUUAUAAUCUUUUAUCGAACGAACGAUUAUACGAAUUUCGAUGCAUAUUUGGUGCUCCGUUAAGUGUGUGUUAAUUGUAAAUAAUUAUCGAAUACUUAUUGAUAUUUAAGUUUACAAGAAAACUGGCUCAAUUUACGGUGUUAAUGCAUUAGAUUAUGGAUGACGAACUAGAAGACAAGAUUUUAUAUCAGACAUAUGUAUCAUACAUGAAGCUAGUAUCAAAGUUUGCAGUGGGUAUUCCCACAGGAUUAAAUGCUGGCAUAAAUUCUCCUUUGGGCUAUUUUUGGAGAAUCAUGAGAGUCUAUGCAUUGAAGCCAGAAGUAUUAAUUUGUGGUGCAGUUUUGGCAAUAAUUCUAUUUUAUAUACAAGCUGUUGAUAUAUGGAGCCGAUCACUACUAGGAAAAAUCCAAUAUACACUUGGUCGUACUACAUCAAAAGUAUCAAAACUACCAUUUUUAGUUAAUGAUUCUGUAAAUAAUGGGGUGAAGCUUAGUUGGGAAUUAAAACAAGGACACAUUGCUGCAUAUGCUGUUCAAGGUCAUAGAGCUCGUAUGGAAGAUCGUUUUGUUGUAAAUGAAGAUAUGAACAAUACAGGUGUAUCUUUAUUUGCAAUAUUUGAUGGACAUGGUGGAGAAUUUGCAGCAAAUUAUGCACGUGAUAAACUUAUUCCAAACAUUAAUAAAAAAGUGAUUGAAUUAAAAGAUAUGAUAGCUGGUAAAGCAACACACAUAUCAGAAAACAUAAAGGAAAAUGAAGAAACAGAGAAGAAAGAGGAAAAAAGUAAUGCAGAUCACCUUGAACGCAAAAAAUCUUUUCGUAAAACUGUAAGCACAUCUUUAACAGAUGAUUGUAUGAAACAAAAAGUUGGUGUAACUGAUCCAGAAUUGCUUGAUAAAUUGGAUAGCUUGUCAAGACCAAUAACAAGAGAGGUAAGACCAUGUAGAACAGUGGAAAAGCCACCAAAAGUAGAUAUUACAAAUUACUUGGAUGGAAAUAAAAUAAACUAUGGUAGAUUACUAACUGAUGAAGUAUUGGCUGUAGAUAGAUUAUUAGUUGAGGCUGCUAAGAAAAAUAUGGAUAUAGCUGGUACAACUGCUUUAAUUGCUCUCUUAGAAGACAAUAAAUUAAUUGUAGCAAAUGUUGGAGAUUCAAGAGGUGUAAUGUGUGAUGGAAAAGGAAAUGCCAUACCUUUAUCCUUUGACCAUAAGCCACAACAAGAAAGAGAAAGGAGGAGAAUUAACAAAGCUGGUGGUUUAGUAACAUUUAAUGGUGUAUGGAGAGUUGCUGGUAUAUUAGCAACUUCUCGAGCUUUAGGAGAUUAUCCAUUAAAAGAUAAAAAAUUAGUGAUUGCUGAUCCUGAUAUUUUAACUUUUGAUCUAAGUGACCAUAAUCCGAUGUUUAUCGUACUGGCGUCAGACGGUUUAUGGGAUACUUUUACAAAUGAAGAGGCUGUCGCGUUUAUUAAGGAACGUAUAAACGAACCACAUUUUGGUGCAAAAAGUAUCACAUUACAAAGUUAUUACAGGGGUUCUGCAGACAAUAUAACUGUAGUUGUGAUUAAUUUGAAGGAUCGUAAAUACAGCAUAUCAGAGAUCAAAUAGAAUCAAUAAUCUUUCAAUCAUACAACGAAUUUAUGUUUUUUCCAAAGAUAUUCUAGGUUUAUUAAUUACUCAUUAACGAACAGUAAGUGUAAAUUUGAGGAAAAAGUAUGUACUCUGAUUUGUGUAAUACAGAAAUAUGAUGCUUCAGUCUUUAUUAAAAUGUUUCCCUUUUUAUAAAGUCAAUUUUAGUUUUGUUAUAAUAUCAUAUAGAUUUUUAUGUAUUGUAUAUUUAUUGUGUUAUAAUAUUUAUGAAAUAUCCCUCUUUUAUUUAUAAAAUUUAAAGAAGUGCGAUAUUUUCGUAUGUUUUUGAAAUUAAAUAUGUUUGUAUGAUAUGUUAUUAAAUUUAUCCUCUGAAAUAUCUAUUUUUCUAUUUCACAACAAGUACAUAAUUCAUAUAUAUUUAUGCAUGUUGUUAUUUAUUGUAAUAAUGGUCUAUAUAUAUACACAUAAAAUACUAUAAAAUUAUACUAGAAUGAAAUUUUUGAUGUACAAACAUGAACAUAUAAUAUUUAUUUUUGUAUAAAUUUGAAUGAAUGAAUUUCGUAAAUGAGUAAUUUAAAAAAUCACAUUUGGACAUGUUACAUAAAAUAACUACUAACAUUUAAUAUAAUACUUUACACUUAAAUGACUAACGAUCGUUUAAAUGUAAAAAAUUCUGUACAUUGAAAGUAAUAGGUAAUAAAAGUAUAAUAUAAAUACAUAAAA